CUUUGCCUCCCACUAUUUAUUGAUUUAAAUUCCCCCAAGAAAAUCCCCAAAAUCGAAUACAGUAAUAUUUACACGGCAGAGUGAAGGCAUGAUUAUGAAUGAUCCAUCUCCAAUAUGACUAUCCAAAUGGAAUCGGCUGACGACGUCGUUCAUUCUCGCGUUUUCCUCUUCGGAUUCUACUGCUGGGGCUGGGAAUUCCUCACCGCCUUGUUGCUCUUUAGUUGCUGAUCUCAUUCAAUUUCUCUUCCCUUUCAAUUCCAAUUGUUAUCAGUCCACCAGAUUUAGAUUUUGUUUUUCCAAUUAUUCUUUUCAAUUUGGGGGAAAUGGCGCAGCGGUCAGUUCCGGCGCCGUUUCUGACGAAGACGUAUCAUUUGGUGGACGAUCCGGCGAGCGACGACGUCGUCUCGUGGAACGAAGCGGGGACGGCCUUCGUCGUCUGGAAAACUGCGGAAUUCGCUAAGGAUUUGUUGCCUAAUUAUUUCAAACACAACAAUUUCUCCAGCUUCGUUCGGCAGCUUAACACCUAUGGUUUCCGAAAAUCAGUUCCUGACAAAUGGGAAUUUGUCAACGAAAACUUCAAACGAGGGAAGAAGGAGCUCCUUGUCCAAAUCCGCCGCCGGAAAACCGCUAUCAUCCAGAAUCCGGCCAACGGGAAAGGUGCGGCCAGCGACAAUCUGGCUUCCCCAGAAUCCUCGGGCGAAGACCUAGGGUCUAGCUCAACCUCAUCCCCGAACUCCAAGAACCUGGAGACUCAGGUGGCGACGGCCCAGCUCUCGGACUUAUCUGGUGAGAACGAGAAGCUGCGGAAAGAUAACCAAUUGCUCAGCUCCGAACUCGCGCAGACCAAGAAACAAUGCGACGAGCUGAUCGCCUUCUUGAAGCAGAGCGUGAAGGUGGCGCCUGACCAGAUCAACCGCAUUAUGAACCUCGGGGAAGAUACCACUGGGGAUGGGAACACUGAGUCUGAUGAUGACGACGACGAUGAUGAUAAUGAUGAUGAUGAUGAUGAAAAUGAGAAUUGCCUGAAAUUGUUCGGAGUUGUGGUGAAGGAGAAGAAGAAGCGGGGAUGCGGCGGUAGCGCUGAUUUGUGUGUGCCCCAUAAGAAGCAGAUGAGGCCAUGGAUGGAGAGCAAUAAGGUGUGUAACUGAUGUUGAGAUCAAAAUAAGAGUAGUUUUCAACAGAGCUACUCUUUUUUCAUUGUUUGUUGUUAGUUAGAUCAAAGGAAAAUGGGGUUUCCUUAACAUAUAGUUUAUGGUUGUGUAAAUCUAUUGUUGAAGACAUGAACAAUAUCAUGUAUUCUUUCUGCUUAAGCUCUCGAAUCGGUAGACUGCAUAUAUGUUUUUGUACCA